UCCAGGUUUAGAGUCUCUUAACUAUGGAGUAUGGAAUACUCAGUGGGCUGUUCUUGUUGUGCUGUGUCUUGGCUACUCACAAUGGGCUAGCUAUGGCGGAAGAAGGAUUGUGCUCUUCUGCGUUUAACUAUAGAGAUGCGCUUGGCAAAGCCAUUUUAUUCUUUGAAGGGCAACGGUCAGGAAACUUGCCUGCAAAUCAGAGAGUGAAGUGGAGGGGAGACUCCGCGCUCUCUGAUGGCAAGGCUGAAAAUGUGAAUUUGAUCGGAGGAUACUAUGAUGCGGGUGACAACGUCAAGUUUGUAUGGCCAAUGGCAUUUACUGUCAGCUUGUUGAGUUGGACAGCAAUUGAGUACAAGAAAGAGAUAUCUUCUGUGAACCAACUUGGCUAUCUCCGCACUGCAAUCCGUUGGGGCACUAACUUCAUAUUGAAAGCUCACUCUUCACCUACCAUGCUGUAUACCCAGGUGGGAGAUGGGAAUUCGGAUCACCAGUGCUGGGAGCGUCCUGAGGACAUGGACACCUCUCGAACUCUGUACAAGAUCACUUCUAAGUCUCCAGGCACUGAGGCAGCAGCUGAGGCUGCCGCUGCUCUUUCUGCAGCAUCAAUCGUCUUCAAAGGGAUUGAUUCCAAUUAUUCAAGGAGUCUAUUAAACCAAUCAAGAACACUGUUUGAAUUUGCAGACAAGUAUAGAGGAUCUUACCAGGCUUCUUGCCCUUUCUAUUGCUCGUAUUCAGGGUAUCAGGAUGAGUUGCUGUGGGCUGCGGCUUGGCUAUACAAGGCAAGUGGAGAAAGUAGGUACUUGAGCUAUGUUUCAAGCAACCAAGGGUGGAGUCAGGCAGUCUCUGAGUUCAGUUGGGAUAACAAAUUUGUUGGAGCUCAGACACUAUUGGCCAAGGAAUUUUAUGGUGGGAAGAAGGAUUUGACCAAGUUUAAGAGUGAUGCAGAGACAUUCAUAUGUGCAGUAAUGCCUGGGAGUAGCUCUGUUCAGAUUAGAGCCACACCUGGCGGGCUAAUGUUUGUUAGAGAUAGUAGUAAUUUACAAUAUGUUACAAGCUCUUCCAUGGUGCUAUUCAUCUACUCCCAAACCUUAAAUGAAGCUCAUAUUAAUGGAGUACAGUGUGGUUCCGUGCACUUCUCUGCCUUUCAAAUCAGAAACUUCGCAAAAUCACAGGUGGACUAUAUACUGGGAAACAACCCCAUGAAGAUGUCAUACAUGAUGGGCUUUGGCAGCAAAUACCCUAUGCAACUACACCACAGAGGUUCAUCCAUCCCCUCAAUCAAAGUUCACCCCGCAAAGGUGGGUUGCAACGACGGAAUGACAAACUAUUUCUCUUCCAGCAAACCAAAUCCAAACACUCAUGUGGGUGCAAUUGUUGGGGGUCCUGAUACGAAUGAUCACUUCAACGAUGUGAGAUCCGACUAUUCUCAUGCUGAACCUACAACUUACAUGAAUGCGGCUUUUGUGGGUUCAGUGGCUGCUUUGCUUGCUGAAAGCAAAGAAGAGUGUUUGCAAUUGCCACAGAUUAAUAGAACUGCUGAUAUGGUUAACUCUGUGUAAUGUACCGAAAAGGAGAAUAACUUAUAUUAAUAAUGCCACUCGAGCUCAAAUAAUGCAGAAUCUGGUCUUUGUAACUUGCACUAGUUCGUAUCAUAAUACAAAGACUAGAAGAAGUAUGUAUACAGUUGUGCACGUCUU